AUGGAAGACGAAAUUGCCGCCCUCGUUGUUGACAACGGAUCCGGUAUGUGCAAAGCUGGCUUUGCAGGAGAUGAUGCUCCACGUGCUGUCUUUCCCUCCAUUGUUGGCCGCCCCAGGCAUCAGGGUGUGAUGGUUGGUAUGGGCCAGAAAGACAGUUAUGUUGGUGAUGAGGCACAGAGCAAAAGGGGAAUCCUCACCCUGAAGUACCCCAUUGAGCACGGUAUUGUGACCAACUGGGACGACAUGGAGAAGAUCUGGCAUCAUACCUUCUACAAUGAGCUGAGAGUUGCCCCUGAGGAGCACCCGGUGCUGCUGACUGAGGCUCCUCUGAACCCUAAGGCCAACAGGGAAAAGAUGACUCAGAUCAUGUUUGAGACCUUCAACACACCAGCCAUGUAUGUGGCCAUCCAGGCUGUGCUGUCCCUGUACGCCUCUGGUCGUACCACUGGUAUCGUCAUGGACUCCGGUGAUGGCGUGACCCACACAGUGCCCAUCUACGAGGGCUAUGCUCUGCCCCAUGCCAUCCUCAGGUUGGACCUGGCUGGCCGAGACCUCACUGACUACCUCAUGAAAAUCCUGACUGAGAGAGGUUACAGCUUCACCACCACAGCCGAACGUGAGAUUGUGCGUGACAUUAAGGAGAAGCUGUGUUACGUCGCACUGGACUUUGAACAAGAAAUGGGAACUGCUGCCUCCUCUUCAUCGUUGGAAAAGAGCUACGAGCUGCCUGACGGUCAGGUCAUUACCAUUGGAAACGAGAGGUUCCGUUGCCCCGAGGCCCUCUUCCAGCCUUCUUUCCUUGGUAUGGAGUCCUGUGGUAUCCAUGAAACUACCUUCAACAGCAUCAUGAAGUGUGACGUGGACAUCCGUAAGGACCUGUACGCCAACACUGUGCUGUCUGGAGGUACCACCAUGUACCCUGGCAUCGCUGACCGAAUGCAGAAGGAGAUCACUGCCCUGGCACCCACCACCAUGAAGAUCAAGAUCAUUGCUCCACCAGAGAGGAAGUACUCUGUAUGGAUUGGAGGCUCCAUCCUGGCUUCCCUGUCCACCUUCCAGCAGAUGUGGAUUAGCAAGCAGGAGUACGAUGAGUCCGGCCCCAGCAUCGUCCACAGGAAGUGCUUCUAAAUGGACUGAGUCCCCACCCCCUCACCCAAAAAACACACUGCUCCAAGCCCAAACGGGCUCUGCAUACAUCCUUGCACCUACACUGUAUGCUGAGCCCACA